AUGGCGUCAAAAGGCUCCAGGUACAAGUACUUCCUGUCGGAGCGGCGGCAUGGACAAGGCAAAGGAGUGGCUCACCACACCACUGCUCACCUGCCCGAGUGGUGUGCUGAGUGGAUCCCUGACGUUGACCAGUGGCAGUGGCAGCAGUGGCACCCAGCCGACCUGUGGCAGUGGGCACGCACGAGGGAGUGGCGCGUGCCCGAACUGCCGCGGUGGGGCGAGGAGGAGAAGAUUGUGCCGGACUGGAUCUUUCCUUCUUACUGGCGAAAGCGUGUGCGAGAGACAGUGCUCUGGGUAUGGCUCAUCUUUAUCACCUUCCUGGCUGCGCGCGAGGAGCGGGCACAACGGGAAGUAGAAGGAUCUCAGCUGGAGAAUGACUCUGGCGCCGCCGCACACGCUGACGACCAGCGACAGAAAGUCCCUACUGUUCCUGAAGAGGGAGAAGAGGAAGAAGAUGAUGAGGAGACCGGGGCUUGGCGUGGUGGGCUGGAGAGGCCAGGUGGGCUGACGCGCUACCCUGGCAUUGAGAACUUGUUGGCACAACCCCCAACAGCCAUCCCGCCCCCGCCCCGCCACCGUCCCCCUCCGCCUGUAGCCGCGACGCAAGUCAGCAACAAACAAAUCCUUCCUAAGCCUGACGAAACUCAGUCGAGGAAGGAUGAGUCACGCGAGGGAGGGAGCGAGGAGCCUGGGGAGAAGAACCAUCAGGACGAAGUGUGGAAGACAUUGCUGGCCAAGUAUGGCACUGAAGAAAGCGUCAGGGAGACCGAUAAGGCCGCGGAGGAGGAGGACGAGGAGGAAGUGCCGGAGUACGUGGGCACUGCAGAAGAGAUUGUGGAGCGUUACUCCUCAAAGUUUGAGGAACCUCGGCAAGAUAUGUCGCCUGAGGAGGAAUUUUCCGCCAAAGUCGGUCGUCGCCUCGAGGAAUAUUUGCAGCGUCUGGAUGAGGACGAUGAAGAGUCCAGUCAAGCGAAAGACGUUAAGCAGAAGACGAAAGAAGUCGAACAAACAGGAAAGGAAGUGGAAGAAACUAGAGAAGCAACUGAGACUGAGGAAGCGAGAGACAUCGAGGACGGCGGAGAGCGGCUUGAGGGGAUCACGUCCAAUGGUAACGAGAAUAGAAUCUUCAUUGUAAUCGAGGACGAGGAGAGUGAAGACGACCGCCGCAACCUGAAUGACAUUUCCGAAGGUUCCGAGAUAUGUCAGGCUCUGGAGGACGCUGAGCUAAUGGAUGAAGGUCAAUUAGAAGAGGAGGUGAAGGAACCCUCCAGCCAGCAAAAUGGUUUGUCCAACGAAGCAGAACCUCAGGGAGAGACUGCAAUGGAAACCAUAACUGAGACCUCAGGGAAAGUGGAUGACCGCGAGGAGAUUGUCGAGCAGGCAGGUGAUAUCGUGCAGCCUGAGACACCCCAUGACGGUGCCGAGGGAGUGAAGGACGAAUUCAAGGACGACACAGUUAAUGUGACUGAAGAGCAACCAAGCGAUGUUACGCUGGAGGAAAAAGGAAAGGAAACGAAGGAAGAAUACACGAAAGAGGUAGUAGAAGAAACACAAGAGACAACAACAACACAUGUUGCUGAAGACCAGAUGGAAGAAAGUAUUAAACCAUCAUCCGAAGAGGCUGUUAAAUUAGAGGAAGACGCAGACAUAAUAUCUAUAGAACCACCCAAAGAGCAAGUCGAGAUGGUUGACCAGGAGUUCACAGAGCAGACGUCACCUCAGCCACCUGAAGAGAUGAAGCAAGAAGUGCAAAUUUUGGCAGCAGCGGAGGAGAGCUUUGAGAGACAUGACAACGUCAGUGAAGAUGUCAUAAUGAAAGAACAAGACUCGAUUGAAUCAGAAUCGUUGGCAACACGCCAUGAAAUGCAGGAGAAAACGACAGAGGAAGGUAAAGUUGUGGAGGAAGAAGAGGAGAAAAAAGGUACACAAAUAAAAGAAGACGAGACGAUAAAGGAUGAAGAAAAGACACUGGAAAUCAAGGUAGCAAUAGAUGUAUCUCUAGAAGAAAACAAAGUAAUGGAAGAGCAAGAAACAACGAACAAACAGUCGAGGAAAGAUGACAAGGUCUUGGAUACGGAGAUUUUCAUGAAACCCCCAGAGGAUGUGAAGAAAGAUGCCGUGGAGGAGGAGGAGGAGGAGGAGGAGGAGGAGGAGGAGGAGGAGGAGGAGGAGGAGGAGGAGGAGGAGGAGGAGAAAGUUGAGGCGGAGGUCACUAAAGACGAAGAAAAAGAAGUCCCAACAGACAAAGCUGCAGGAGUUGCCGCCACGGAGCCUCCCACCGCUGUGGAGGAAAUACAGGUGGACGAAGAGCCUCACUUCGAGGAUGGUAAGGCAGAAGAGAGCAAGGAUGAGGCCAUGGUGGUGGAGGAGCACAUGGAGGACGAGGAGGUGCCUGUGGCGAGUGUGGAAAGCUGGACGCAAGAUGUGUGGGGCACGCUGGGCCAGGCCCCUGGGGAGGCAGCGGCCCUGGCACACCCUGCUGCCAUCGAUAUGAUGGAGGAGGAUGCGGAAGAUGUAAUGGAGGUGGAUGUGGAGGAGGAGGUCGGUGAAACAAUGGAGGAGGACCUUGAGGUGUUUGUGGAUGACGUGGAUUUGAGGGAGUUACCUGAGAGCCCCGUGCCGCUGCCCAUCGUGCCAGAAGAGGAGGACCAUCUGGCGGAGGUGGAGGACCUGCUGAUUCGGCCACCGCCACGCAAACACAGGCGUCGUCACCGCCAAGAAGAGGAGGAUCUCGCGAAGGGCUUAAGUGAGGCGGCAGCAGCGGCCGAUCCCAGCCUUGCCAAGUACAUGACCAUGCCUCAUGCCCUCUCGCCCGAGGAGGAGGAGGAGCUGCGCAAGUACCUCGUCGAGAGCGGGGACGCGAAGGAUCUCUCUGUCGACAAGUUCAUGGCAUUGCCUGCAGGGCUGACAGAGCAGGAGCAAAAGGAACUGGAUGAAGUCGUAAGUGAGCGGGAACGCGUGCGGCAAGCCGAAAGUGCUGGUCUGGACCGUUUCCUCAACAUGCCGGUGAGCCUGACGGAGCAAGAGGUCCGCGAGCUUAAGGAUCUGGAGAGAGAGAAGGAGGAGGCAGCGGAGCAGCCUUGGGAGCGCGGAGAUGUGGGCUUUGAGGAUUACCUGUCCAUGCCUCACACCCUGACAGAGGAGGAGGAGAGGAUGCUGCAGGAGGGCGAGGAGGAUGAAGACGAUCGGCAGUUCGCAAGUGAAGAGGAGUACAGGGAAUACGUCAAGAACAAGUUCCUGAGUCAGUUAGAGGAGGACACGCUCCGCAUGGCCGAGGAAGACUACGACUAUGACGAGGACUACGAUGAUGACUACGAAUAUGAGGACGAUGAAGAGUACGAGGACGAAGAAGUCGAGGAUGAGGACGAAGGAGAAAUGGAGGGCGAGUAUGUGAUGGUGUCUGACCUUGCGGCUGCCUCUAAUCUGCCUCAGGUCGCUGCUGCCCCCGCCGCCGCCACGGCCGCCCCUGCCAAGAUGGUGGACGAGGCGGUCAAUACUGAGCUGAACGAUCCUAAAGAAGAUGCCAAGUCUAAGAAGAAACCUUUCACUUUCCCCAAGAAGAGUGACAGAGAAACAACUCCUGAAGACAGCAAUGCCGCCGCACAGAAGAAGUUUUUUCACUUCGGAAGCCUUGGAACCAAAAGGAAAAAGGAAACACCUGAUUUUCUUGACAAGAAGUACUUAGGUAAUCAAAACGGAAAAAGAUUUGACGGCAGUGGUGGUGGUGGAGGUUCCCUCAGUGCGGCCUUCUGCACUGUAGGAGACCAAGUGACCCGUGCCGUGCUGCAGAAGGUCAAGGGCAAGAUCAGGCAAGGAAAAGCAGCGAAGGAAGUUAGCCAGAAGAACGAUUGUGCGGGGCUGUCGGGGAGUGGAGGCGUUAGCUUAGGGAACACUUCCCGCGGCUUUACCAGACUGUGCUUGAAGCCAGAUCAGCGUGACUCGGAAGCUGAAUACGAGGAGAGUGGAGUCAGCAGUUCAGCAGAACACUUGAACACCAAGAAUGAACUAGAACACGCCUUUGCUAAAAUAAUAAAAAACUACAAAUCACCCAACGACCAGGCUAUACAGGACUCAAAAACCAGUCACAUUGACAACGUGACUGAAAGUGAUGCGAACGAGGUGAGACGAACACUGGACGUCAGUGAGCAGACACAAGAGGAGGACACAACCAAAGUGUUCACUAAUGACGCUGAGAAGGAUCUUGUGAGUGUUCCUAUUCUUGACAUCAUUUUGGAGGAGGAGGAGGAGGAAGAAGAAGAAAUGGACGCUGAAGUGGCUCUUGUAUUCACGGGUGAGCGGGAGGUGGUGAAGAUUGGGGAUGAAGAAGACUUUUGGCUGAGGUGGAGUAACGAGGAGCGGGCGUGUGUCUCCGCUGCGAGGGACUGCUGCUCUCCCUGGCAGCUGGCGGAGGGCGCAGACAGUGACAAAGAAGACAAUGAGGAAGCAGUGCGUUGGAGUGGAGAGAAGGAAGGCAGCACCCAGACAGGAGUGAAAGUGACGGUGAAUAAUGAGGAAAAUGACAUGACGAACAGGAAUGAGGAAGAGGAGACAGUCACAGAGACGAAGGAAGUUAUGGGCAGAGAAUGCAAAUCGGAAACAAUCAGCGAAAAGAAAGCAGAGGAAACGCAGAGAGGGUCCGCCAUGGCCAACGUGGAGACAACGGACGCCGCCGUAAGUAACGCCCAACUGGAGGCCGACUCACUCGAGUUUGGUGUCAACACUAACCUGUCCGUGAUAGACGACAGUGCCUCCCCCAAGGGCGCCUCCCCCUCCCUCCAGGAACUGAUCGAGGCUGAACUCAAUGCUCGUUUGUGUCAGCCUGAUUCACUGGAGCCCCCCUCCCCAGACCCUUCCUCCCUUCUCAGCUGUGACUCUAUCGAGCCCACGCCUCCCACCCUCAUCCCCGCCCUGACCCCAGCCAAGGCCUACCCCACCGCCGCGCCCACGGGGCUCACCCUAGACUCCUUGCUGGACCUGGACUCCCUCCAGGACCCCGCGGGCAUGGCUGACACGGAGAGUGGCAUCGACGUGCUCUCGCCCACAAAGCUGGACGACCUCAGCACCUUGGACAUGGACUCUCUCGAGUCGUCAUCAGACCUCCCAGGGUCGUCUCACUGCUCCCCUGAACCCACCGUCACGCUCACCACCAGAGUGUCGACUGUCGAACAGAAAGACACUUACUUGACGAUAGCAGAUGCCGGGAAUCCUCUCCUUUCCAGCAAAAAAUGUGUCUCGUCCCUGGAAGCCGAGAGUGCGCUGCUGGCCUCGCGAGAGGAUGACAGUGACGCCGCCAGUCUUGGGGAGCUGCAAGUCGCCCCACCGCUGCUCAGGAUAUCCGAGUCCAGCCUCACCAUCGCCUCCGAGACUAGAUCGGAGCUGUCACAAGUGUCACAGGAAGUGACGAGGAGUUCCACCCCUGAUUCUCUCACCUCCUUCGAGGGCGGAUCAGCGCCUCAAGACAGCGCCGCUCUACAAGACAACGAUAUCCCGCAGGAAAUUACUCAGGACAGUGAUGUGCCGGAGGAUCUCUUGCUACAAAACAGUGCUUUGCCACCUGAGGGCAGUGCCUCGUGCGUGCCAGACAAUGCCUCCAUGCAAGGAACAGUUGAAGUACAACAAAUUUUCACACUCUCGCACACUGUCGACAUUCAGCAGAGUGAAGAAAAUUCCUCUCUGCUGGACAGUGUAUCACCUUCAGACAGAAAAUUAUCGCAGGAAGACAUUGUUGAUCUGUUGGCCAGUGUUCCCCAGCAGGAGGUAGUCGUCACACAAGACAGCGCCUUACUCGUGGAUGUUUCCCUGCAACAAGACAAACACACAGAGGCGGUGGCACCAGGUGAUCUGGUCCAUGAGGAAACUAAUAUUUUACCGAGCCCUGAGUCCAGCGAGACACCGGCCGAGCCCUCCCCUCUCCUCCCAGCCCAUGACCCGGCCUCCCUCUCCUCUCCCCAGAGCCAGGACCACUCCUCCCCAUCCCCUUCCCCAGCAGGCGCCCUCCCCCUCAGUGGUACUAACAGCGUGUGUGGUGGUGACCUCUCUAACUCUGCCCGUGACGACUGUGGCGACGUUGGUGUGAGUAGUGGGCGUGUUGACACCACCACCCAAGCAGUCAGCAGUAGUGAUGGUGGUGGUGGUGGUGUUGGUGUUAGUGGUCCCGUCACAUCCAUCCAAAAUGGUUCUAAUAUGGAGUCUCAGGACGAGGACGACUUCUGGGGCAGCAAGAACGACGACGACGACAUGUUUGUGCCUCGUCAUCGCUUUGACCCGGUGCAGUGCGACCAGGAGGAAGACACCACUGAGGCCAAGGAGAAGGAAGAGAAAGCGGAGGAGGAGGAGGAGGAGGAGGAGGAGGAGGAAGGAAAUAACUUCUUUGGCUCAGACGACGAUGAUGUGCGUAAUAAGGGCGCCAAGGGGCUGAGAUUCAAAAAGAGGACGACAACAACAACCAGGACGGAGAAUGGCAUCGGAGGCAUCGAGAAGAAAAAAGAGGUCGUAGAGCAAGUGGAGAAGAAGAAACAAAUCGAAGAAUCUGGCGGGAAGAAGAUUGAAGUGACCACCGAGAAGAAGAGGGUCGAAGUGAGAGAAGAAAAGAAAAAGGCCGAUGUAAAGGAGGAAAAGAAAAAGGAAGUGGAAGAAGAGAAGAAGAAAGAGACUAUAGAAGAAGAAGACAAAGAGAACGGUGUUGCAGAGGAUGGUGGCGAAAAGAAGAAAAAGAAGAAGAAGCAUCGAGAUAGCGAGGACGGUGAGAGGCUCAAAAAGAAGAAAAAGAAGAAGAGGGACUCCGAGAAAGAAAAUAAGGAGGCCAGCUCGAGCAGCUCCGCCAAUGAACUGGACAGCGAGGAGGAGCACCUGGCCGCACCCACACCACCUCUGUUCAAUGGCCACGCGAUCAUCCGCCAUCCAGACAACGGCUGCAAUGGCAAGCAGGUCAAAGACGAGAACCUGAACGACACGGAACCUCUUAUCAGCCACGAGACUAACAAGAAGGAAGGUUUCCACAGCCUCCUCCACGCCUAUACAGAGAACACUCGCUCUGUUAAGGAAUCGCCCGAACCCGCACCACUUAGUGACGGGGAGGAUCUGGUGGGCGUGAGCGUCAAGCAGCUGCGCUCAUCCUACCUGAGUGUUGCCCAGGACACCAAGAGGGCAACUCCUGAAAUCCUCAAGACACCUGUCAAGUCAGAGAUAAAGGCUGAACUCAACACAAGUGUCAACAUCAGCACCUUGGUUGACACUUACUCCACACCCCAACCUCGGCCUGUCACCCCAUCCAGCCGCCCUGAUGACAUCACUCCAGUGUCCCUGCGCUCACUGAAAUCAGCAUAUGAGGCCACAGCCUCAGGAUCCUCCUGUGCGGUCAGCCGGCAUAGCAGCAGUGGCAGCUGUAGUCCAGCUGGUGGCAGCCCUGCACCCAAAGAGGAACUGAACGUGUCUCUCCAGCAGCUGCGAGAGGAGUACUGCCGGUCAGUGCAGGACGGCCUCUCCCGUAGCCAAACUCCAUCCAAGCAGCCCCUGGAUACUGGUGUUUCCAUUCGACAGCUGACUCGGAGCAUGAACGACCUGCGCGGUGUAGGUCACGACUCCCCGUGUUCCAUUAUAGAGUGUGACCGACCCGCUCUGGCCUCUGUCAACGUGAAGGCCUUGACACGGAGCUUUUCUGACCUGACGCGACUAAACAGUGAGCCUCUCGGCCCCACGACUCCCACCACGCCCAGACAUCUCUCCCCAACUCACUCUGUCAACGUCAAGAAGUUGCGGGCAAGCUAUGGUGACCUGCACAAACUGACCAGCGGUGAGUCAGGCGGCCUGUGGGAGUACGGUGGUGCCUCGCCCUCCCUCCCUCACUCCCAUGCUAUGAAGCCAGGCAACAGCGCCUACAAAACAUGUAGCAAGUUACCUCUCCCCACAGAGUCCAGAAUUCCAAUUCCAAAACCCUCCACUCACAAAACUGCUACCCCAACUCCUAAACUGAGUAAAAAAGAAACCGAAACCUCGCCACCUAAGCCGUUGCUAGCCUCUAAACCCACCUCCACCCUACGCUGCCCUUCCAGCUCCCUCCCUCAGCACGCCACGUCACGUCCAGGAAAACUCGUCCAAAGCAAUACGAGUAAGUCCUCCGCCAAGACAGACACCUCCAACAAAAGGCCAAAACUGUUAUCAAUGCCUUGUCAAGGAAUGUCAACGGUGCAGGACAAAAAGGCAGCUCAUAAAACCACCACUAAGCAAAAUCUGAAUAAGGUUGAAAGUACUAAUAGUGAAGCCGUCGUCUCCCAAGACCAGAGGGGCGACUCUCCCGCCAUGGUUGAUCUGGGGGGGCGCCGCUCAAAGCCCCCUGCUCCUAACAACAACAAAACCAACAUCAACAACAGCAAUAAUAACAACAGCAACAAUAAUGAUGCCGCACCGUCGCCGCCCAGGGCCAGCGUGUACACGGGCGUCUCCGUCAAACACCUGCGACGGAGCUACUGUGACCAGGCGCGGCUGUGUGAGGCCCUGGACGAGGCGGGCAGAGCAGGCAGCGGCCGUAAACCAUACAUCACCAAAGCCAAUGUGGCGCGUAUAGAGGCAGUGGACCCCUUCCCUUUGUACUCACUCCUGGACAAGCAUGACAGACAGGUGUCCCAGGUGUCCAGCGAGUGCCGUCAAUGCGGGAAGCAGGUGUUCCAGAUGGAGAAGAUCGUGGCGGAGAAGGCGGCCUGGCACAAGAACUGCUUCCGCUGCAAGGAGUGUAACUGCGUCCUGACGCUAGAGACGUACCAGAGUCACGAGGGCGUCCUAUACUGCAAGCCUCACUUCAAGGAGCUUUUCAGGCCCAAGGUAGUGGUGGAGGACCCAGACGAGGCUCGCAAGGAGAGAUUGUUGCGGAGACCCAAACUCAUCGUGCUGGAGAGUCAGCCUCAGGAACUUGCCGAGGGGGUCGUCAGAUCGACCAACAAACCUGACUAUGGCCUGGAGGAUUUGACCCAUGCCAACCUAAAGCAGAAAUUCAAGAUGUUCGAGCAAAUCUCAACAGAGGAGGAGCGAAUCCCGGAAACCAUCCCUGUGCGGCGAUCCCAGUCUCUCCUCACUAAGGCUGCCAGAUUUAUGCAGUCUGAUGAUGACUAUGGCAUUGAAAAUUCAGAACUUGGCGAAUAUGAUGAAGAUGAGGAGGACGAGGAUUAUGACGAGGAUGAGGAAGAGGAUGGUGAGGAAGGAGAAGAAGGAGAGGAUGGCAGCCCCAACAAGAAAAGUCGGGCGGCAAGUUUCAGCGGCAUGAAGGAUCUGAAGGCUGGCUUUGCACGCAAGAACCGCCAGGACGAGCUCACCAAGAAGCGAAGGCAGGAGUUGGCAAAGUUCCGACAGAUGCUGUGUGCUGGAAAGAACAUAUCCACAAGGGAAAUAUUUGAGGGUGGUAAUGAGGAUGAGAAGGGUCAACUUCGACGCAAAGAACAGAUCAAGAUUGAAGGUCAAAUUGAUGCCAAGAACCUGAGAGAACGUUUUGAAAAGGGCAUGUCUUUGGUGGAAAGCGAUUCAGAAGAAAAUAGCGACAGGAGGGAAGUGGACAGAGUUUUCAAAGAAGCAGAAACUGCUAGCAAAGCACGCAACCUCUUCAAGCAAAUAGACAAGACUGUUGCUGAGGGUGGGGAGGUAGUGUUGCGACCACCUAACUCGGCUCAGGCCCGGCGGGAGAACAGGUUAUCCCGAGAUGGCAAGCGCAUUCGAAAUUUCACUUCUCAGAUCUUUGAAGAUGAAGAUGAAUCUAAUGAGGAUGAAGAUGAAAGGUCUUCCCUUGCUGAUCGCUUUAAGUUCUUUGCCACGUAUGAAGAACGUGCUAAAGAGGAUGCCAAGAGACAGAAAAAACUAUUCCGCUGCUCAUCGGAUCCAGAUGGAGAGGAUCAGGUUGAUGAAGACCUAGAUAAGACGCAUUUGCCCAAACGUUGCAUGGCAUUUAAUUGUGCGGUGUGCCGGCUUCGGGGCAUCGACAUGGAGGAACUUGAACUUGGACGAGAUCCCAACUUGGUGAAAUGCACAGACAACUAUGAAGACGAGGUGGACUGCCGAGGCACUCGUAAACUGCUGGCCAAGUUCAAGAAGAUGGAGAAGCAGGCAGAGAUUCUUGAUAAAGGUCCUCGUCCCCCAAAGCAGUUUACUCCACCCCCAGAGGGAGAGGAAGAUUACGAUUCUGACGAAGAAUAUUCUGACGAGGAGGAGUAUUCUGAUGAAGAGGAGGAAGAUAGCGAGGAAGAAGACAGUGAGGAGGAAGAUAGUGAGGAGGAAGAUGGGAAGCCAAAGUACAAGGAUGAAGUCCUAGAGAUGCUGGUUAAAUCCUCACAGAGUGCCAAAAAGGCAGCUUCCCUGCGUGCCAAAUUUGAGAAGUGGGAGUCAGAGGUGGAGCGUAACAAUGAAUACAACCAGAGCAUCGAGAGGUACGAGGAUGAAGACGAGUGCAUGCCCUCUAUCGACACGGCCCGGAACCUCCGUGCCAUGUUUGAGAACAAGGCUCAGGAGUCGACCCAGCCGGUCGGUCAACGUCCCAAGGUCAAGGUCAACAGAUUUGUGGGUGGUGGGGGUGACAAGUGCAUGCUGUGUGACCACUCAGUCUAUGCCAUGGAGCGGUUGGAAGUGGCUGGACGGGUGCUCCACAAAAAUUGCUUCAAGUGCUGCAAGUGUAGUACAAAAUUAAGUAUGAACACAUUCUCCAUAGGUGGUGAUGACAUGUAUUGUACAACCCACUAUAAGCAAGCGUUCACCGAAAAGGGCACCUAUGAUGUCUUUACACCAAAUAAAGGAUCACCUGUUAAGGCUCCCUGAGGUGGAGGGUUAAGGGGCUGGCGGGAGGCAAGUGACACGCACCACCACUCCCUGCUAGGGGUCGGUCACACCAGGUCCCUGAUGGCACAAACACCUUCACUCCUGUGAUUCACUCCUCUUGAGUUGUAUGUAAUUUUUUAUUGUAUUUUAAUUUUUUGUGUGUAUUACAUUUUAUUUGAGUAGAAAUUGUGUUGUCAAAGACAACCAUAUGUUUUACACAUGUGGUAAUUACUGUACUUUUAGUUUCUAAUCUUCAUAACAAUGAUAAAUCAUCUUAAUGUAAGUUGCAUGUGGCAAGACAAAACUGCUAAAAUAUCAUAAACUCAUGUAUCUGGCAAGUUGAAAAGUAGAACUUCAUAAAGAAUACUUUCAAAAUUCACCCACAACAUAGUAAGAGAUUUUGAUAUUUUUGCAAGUGUCAAGUUUUAUCAUAAAAUACACAUGCAACCUACAUUUCUAUGGUUACACAGUACAGUAUACAUAUUCACACUAACAUACUGCAAAUUCUGAAUUAUCAAUGUGAAGAUCAUCCAGUGAAGAAAACCACUAUAUUCAGUGACUAGCUCUGGUGCAGUAAUUUUUGUUGGUCUCAGGGACACAAAUAUAACACUUGUUGAUUUCUUACUGCUGUUUGCUGAAAUCAUGCUGCAAAAUUCUUCACAUUCUCAUCAAGAUCUAUAAAUUAUUUGCGUAAUACCAGGUUAUGAUUGGGAAUACAGUGGCAGUAAGCCUAUAGACCAUAAAUUUCAAUAGAAGACUACAUAACAGCUUAUUCAUGAGCAAGAGCAUCACCCGGUCAGUGUCACCAUGUUCCUUAAUUCUCAGAUGACAGAUUUGUUGCACCAGAGUCCAUGCCACCAGAGUAUAGGGACUCCUCUGCGUGCAUCUUAUUUUAGUAACUAUAUUUAGCCUUGUCUGAUGGAGUUUUUUUUAAGACUCAUGUAGGGAAUGCAUUUUACAUAUCACUCAUUAGAUUUUUCCAUGAUUAAUUUCAUUCCAAAGUGGAAAGCGAAUUUUAGUUGAAUAUUGUUUUGUCUAAGAAAUCACACAAUAUUUAUGUAUUUAUAAUGUUGCCAUUUCCAAAAAAAAUUAAUUUAUGGAUGUGAAAAUUUAACAAAAUUUUUACAUGCAUUAUUACAAAACAGACCUUUGUGCUUUAUGAAUAGACCACACCUCCAAGAAUAUCUAUUUGUUCUCACAUUAGUGUUAUUUAUAUUGUAUAUACUUUGCCUCAAGAAUGUUCCUUGAGAUAAUCAGAUCUCUCAUCUCAUUAGUAUCACAGUGCUAGGAAAUACAUCCUUGCUAUUUUUUUUUUUUUUUUUUUUCAACUUCACUCUUAAGUUUGCUUGACACAAUGUAAAUGCUAAAUUAAGUUUUGAAUAAGAAUUACUGAAGAGAAAAUCUGUUGACUGACUGACGGAAAGUUCCCUAUAUGGUGCUUCAAUACUGUUAUGAAGAGCCAGUGUUCAUUGUGCAUCUUGUCUCUUCCUCCUCCUCUUAAGCCAUUAGCCACAUUGCUAUGUAUGUUACGGUGCUGUUAACUCGGUUUGUGUAUUCUCUGAUUAAUGGUGUCCAUAACAAAUUCUUAUUUACUUAAUGCCAUUCAUAUCAACUGGCAAUGCAGUUUUAUAAGUUGCUUGUCACAUGUAGGUAGAUUCCUUGUAAAUUUUUUUAUGUAUUAACUUUGGCUGCAUUCCAAUUUCAUUCUUAAAUAGCAGAAUGCUAGACAAGAGAUCAUGCUAGGAGUUCAACUUUGUAACUUUUACUUUGUUUAUAUUUAUAUUUAAGUCAUAAAUGUGUCAAAGGAGAACAAAAGUCAGUCAGUCUCAGGUAAAGUUGUGGUGCCAAGGUUUCUGGUGCCUUGCUGUUAUGAUAGGGAAACCAGACAUGUAUGUACGUACAUCACAUUCAUUUUAUGUAAUAAGGAGUUUCAUAUUUGCUAUUAAGUACUAUGUAUAUGAUAUUGAUGCACUAUUUACACUUAUUAAACAAGAUGUAAUUAA